ACAAGCGCUAUAUAACCACCUCCGCGCGAGUUACGAUGUCAAAAGUGGUUGCAACUGGACUACAGCUGGAAGACUUUCUGACAAGAAAAUAUUUAUUUUUCCAGGAUCAUUACUCAGUAAACAAGGACCGUCUGAACAAUGUGCGGAAUUUUUGCAUACCUGAACUACAGAGUUCCCCGUACCAGGAAGGAGAUUUUUGAGACGCUGGUGAAAGGGCUCCAGAGACUAGAGUACAGAGGCUAUGAUUCGGCAGGAGUUGCUGUUGAUGGACCCAACAGUAAUGAGAAGAAUAGCAGUAUCUGUCUGGUCAAGAAGAGAGGCAAGGUGAAGGCGCUGGAUGAAGAGCUUUACAAACAAGAUAGCAUGGACCUGGAGGCAGAACUGGACACACAUUUUGGAAUCGCACAUACCCGCUGGGCAACACAUGGAGUGCCAAGCGCAGUCAACAGCCAUCCACACCGCUCCGACAAAAACAAUGAAUUUGUUGUGAUUCACAAUGGCAUCAUCACCAACUACAAGGAGCUGAAAAAGUAUCUGCAGACAAAGGGAUACGAGUUUGAAUCUGAAACAGACACAGAGGUCAUUCCCAAACUGAUCAAGUAUGUGUUUGACAACUGGGAGGGCGAGUACGUCAGCUUCUCUUCCCUUGUGGAGAGAGUUAUUCAGCAGCUGGAGGGGGCCUUUGCACUGGUUUUCAAGAGCAUCCACUAUCCAGGCGAAGCUAUUGCCACCAGGAGAGGGAGCCCCCUGCUGAUCGGUGUGAGAAGCAAGUUUGACCUGUCCACUGAGGAAAUUCCAAUCACCUACAAUAACACAUUACCGAAGUCAGUUUUUAGUGACAUUCCCUUAAAGGUGUAUGAUGCAGCUGGGUCACAGGAGUCUGGUGCUAGCAUAGGUACUUUUAAACAUGAAAACAAUGAAAAUGAUGCUAACAGGAAGCAGAGACUUAACAGUUUGACCUGUCUCUAUUCUGUUGGAGACCUGAAAGCGGUGGAAUAUUACUUUGCUUCUGAUGCCAGUGCCAUCAUUGAGCACACCAACAAGGUGAUCUACCUGGAGGAUGACGACAUCGCUGCAGUGGCUGAGGGCAAGCUCUCCAUCCAUCGCAUGAAUCGCUUAGCCGGGGACGACCCCUCCAGAGCCAUCCAGACCCUUCAGAUGGAGAUGCAGCAGAUCAUGAAAGGUAACUUUAAAGCUUUUAUGCAAAAGGAAAUCUUUGAACAACCUGAAUCAGUCGUCAACACCAUGAGAGGACGAGUCUGCUUUGAAAACAACACAGUUAUCCUUGGAGGCCUGAAAGACCACCUAAAGGAAAUCAAAAGGUGUCGCCGUCUCAUUGUCAUUGGCUGUGGCACCAGUUUCCACGCUGCAGUAGCGACACGGCAGAUUCUCGAGGAGCUCACAGAGUUGCCUGUGAUGGUGGAGCUAGCCAGCGACUUCCUGGACCGAAACACACCAGUCUUCAGAGAUGAUGUGUGCUUCUUCAUCAGCCAGUCAGGUGAGACCGCUGACACCCUGAUGGCCCUGAGGUAUUGCAAGGAUCGCGGGGCGCUCACUGUCGGGGUGACCAACACUGUCGGCAGCUCUAUCUGUAGAGAGACGAGCUGUGGAAUUCACAUCAAUGCGGGACCUGAAAUCGGGGUCGCCAGCACAAAGGCUUACACUAGCCAGUUUGUGGCAUUCGUCAUGUUUGGCUUGAUGAUGUCCGAAGACAGGAUCUCCCUGCAGAAAAGGAGGCUGGAAAUCAUCAGCAGCCUGCAGGCUUUGCCAGGUCAAAUCAAGGCAGUUUUAGCUCUGGAUAGUAAGAUUAAGGAGCUUGCAGAUGAGCUGUACAAGCAGAGAUCUCUUCUUGUCAUGGGCCGUGGGUUUAACUACGCCACUUGCCUGGAGGGAGCUCUGAAAAUCAAGGAGAUCACUUACAUGCAUUCGGAAGGGAUCUUGGCUGGAGAGCUGAAGCAUGGCCCCCUGGCUCUCAUUGACAAACACAUGCCAGUUAUCAUGAUCAUCGUGAGAGACGCCUGCUACACCAAGUGUCAGAACGCCUUGCAGCAGGUCAUUGCACGCCAGGGUUGCCCGAUCAUCAUAUGCUCCGAGGAUGACCCUGAGAGUAUGAAGAAUGCUUACAAGACCAUUGAGAUCCCCCACACAGUGGACUGUCUCCAGGGAAUCCUAAGUGUCAUCCCCCUUCAGCUGAUGUCCUUCCACCUGGCGGUACUCCGGGGAUAUGAUGUUGACUGCCCAAGAAACCUGGCGAAGUCUGUUACUGUGGAGUAAUCCUGUGAAUAAACUGGAAUAAACAGCUUUUUUGUAUAAAUAUCAAAAGAUAUAGACAGAAUGAAACGAUUGUAAAAAGGCUUUGAUAAUGAAGCAGACCUGUUUGAAGAAACACUAUGCAGUUUGAAUUGCCGUUUUGUGCCUUAUCCAUUAGGCCCUUUGUUUCAGCUUUUAAAAAUGUUUACUGAACAAUUCCUAGGGUUAUCAAUAGGUAUAGUUUAAUUGGGCCCACUCAAACAUACAUUUAUGCAAAUACUAUUUUUAUGAAGGAAAUCCAUUACGCUUGAAAGAAUGGGACUUAAUAAUAAUAAACAAUACGGUUCAGUCGAUAUAGUUUAAAAUAUUUGUCAAGAUUUCCUCAAAAGGAAAAUAUUAUACAUUCAUGGGAAAUUGUACGUAAAAAAUAACAAUGAAGAUGUAGAAGCUUUACGGUUAAAAAAAAAAGAAAAGUUUACUUGUUUUGCAAACGAUAGAGGUUUUAUAUUGUGCAAUAUUUAAAGCUCUGUUAACUGCCAACCUUUUAUGUUAACAGAGCUUUCACAGUUUGAAAAGUUUUACAUUAUUUAUAACUUUUUGGAAAGGGAAAGGUUUAAGUUAUUUUUCCUACCUUUUUUUAGAGAUAGUGUUUUACUGUACAUGUUAUUAUAUAUGUAUUUUUGUGAGUCAUACUGGAAGCUGUGACAAUUGGUUUACCUAUGUAAGUAAAUAAAGAAGAGGCCAUUUAUUUUAAAAAAAGGAGGAUAGUUUCUAUAUUUUUAUUAUAUUAAGGGAUCUGUGGUUCUGUGAAUGUUCAAAAAGGCAAAUUAAAAAAUAUGUUGAUA